UCCUCACGCGGUGGGACCGUCGGGGUAAUACGGGUAAUAACUGAGGCGGAAUCGGAGAACAUGGCAGACGAGGAGGACUCGGCGCCGGAGCCUGCCGCCGUCUCUUCCCCGGAGAGCCCUCACUGUGAGCGGCCUCACUUCGUCUCUUUCUCCGAGAGUGUGCAGCCGGCCGUCGGGAUGGUGAGCCAGCUGCUAACCCAACCCUCGUCCCUCAAGUUUGACAAAAACAUCAAGCAGGCCUUCUACAACACGGGGGCGAUGAUCUUCGUGGCUAUCUGCUGCGGAGCCGCUGUCCUGGUCUACUUCAUCCUGGAGGCCUUCCUCCGCCCGCUGCUGUGGGCAGUGCUCUGCGGCACCUUCCUCCAUCCCUUCAAGCACUCGCUGGCCCGGCUCGGACGCUCUUGGCUCAGCGGCCUGCAGGAGACCGGGACGCCCAUCUUGCUGGGGACCCUGCUGGUCCCGGUGUGGUGUGUGAACUACGGGGUGGAGGCGAUGGGCAAGCUGGUUCUGGAGAGGCUCACGGUGCUGCUGGUGAUCGGGGCCGGGGCGCCGCUGGUCUACUUCCUCUACCUUUUCUGGAGCGUCAUCGGCAUGCAGGUGAUCCUCGAGCACGUCUGUGGGAUCAUCGGGGCCGCGCUGGACUGUUUCCACACUGUGUGGGUGUGCACUGUGGUCUUUGGCUACUUCUUGACGGUUUGUUUCAAAUGGAGUCCUCACACAGAGCGCUACCUCAGGGCUCUGGCUCUUCCUGUCUGGGCCGUCCUGCUCUUCUACAUCGUGUCUCUGGCCGGCUCGUGGAGAGUGCCCAUAUUUGUGGUUGUGGUUAUCCUCAUCAUCGUGGGCUCCCAAGAGAAACCACCUGUCCCUGGCAGAGGGGAGCUGUCAGGGCAGGUGUUGUCAUUCGCUGCUAACACUAUUUACAUGGCGAUCUCCUGUAGCAACAUUCAGGUGAAAAGUGAGCCCUCUGAAAACUGUACUACCGAUGGGGUACAAUCUCUGGGCCCCCUUCCUGCCACGCCUGGGUUCCCUCGGGGGUCUCGUUCAUUACCAGCCGGCCUCUUCCAGAGAGAGAAAAGCUCCCACAGAGCCAGUGAUAUCUACUUUAUUCUGCUGGUCUGGGCCAUUGUACUGGUUCAGGUCUGGCUCAACCUCUGGAUCCUACAACUGCUGCCUAUCCCCGUGGCUGUGUGGGUGCUGAAGAAGCUGGUGGUCCACUUUGGCCUGAAGGGCUUCGCGGAGCGGACUCUCACCUCGUGGUGGGUGGUGCUGGAGAAGCUUGGACGUGAGCGAGAAGAGGCCCUGCUGCCGGGACCAAUCAAAGGCUUGGCUCAGUUCCUGCUGCGUAUCGACACUAAGAUGAUUGUGUGGCUGGAGCGAUCUCUGGAUAAAAUCAUCAGCAUCUUCAUCAUCUUCCUCCUGGUCACAGGGACCCUGCUCAUGGCUCUGCUGCUCACCGCUAUGGUUCAUCACGAAAGUGUUCACAUCAUCAACGUAACCAGUAACCUCAUCAACGAGACUGUGUCUAACCAUCCAGAAUGGGCCAAUUGGCUUCCAGAGGCUCGUGUGGUGCAGAAGGCUCUAAAUUCAGCUGCUACUAAUGUGUAUCAACACGGUAGAGAAUACAUAACACAAAAGCUACAUAAGAUGUUAGGAGACAAGGUGAACCACACAGCCGUGAUUGAGAAACAGGUGUUGGAGCUUUGGGACAGACUGUACCAGUCCUGGUUUGUAAAGAACAUGACCCACCCAGGACGCCACCGUGGUCAGAAGUUGGUUCAGAGACAGAAUAGCUGGCUAGGUGACAUCCUGGAUUGGAAGGACAUCGCCUCCUUCCUGCAGGAAAAUAUUGAGACUCUGCUGUCUAUCCUGGAGUCUCUGUGGGUGGUAAUGAGUAGAAAUGUUGGCCUCCUCUUCUCCACUACGACCACAGCCCUCACGGUCUUAUUCCACAGCGGCACGGCUCUGCUCAACUUUGUCCUGAGUCUGGUGAUUUUUCUGACCACGCUCUUCUACCUUCUGAGCUCCAGUGGUGAAUACUACAAACCUGUCAAAUGGGUCAUCAGCCUAACUCCCCUCUCUCAGCCUGGACCCUCCUCAAAUAUCAUUGGCCAGUCUGUAGAAGAGGCCAUCAGAGGAGUGUUCGAUGCCUCUCUGAAAAUGGCUGGCUUCUACGGCCUCUAUACUUGGCUCACUCACACCAUCUUUGGCAUCAACAUUGUCUUCAUUCCUUCUGCCCUGGCUGCCAUCCUGGGUGCAGUGCCGUUCCUGGGGACCUACUGGGCAGCGGUGCCGGCGGUGUGCGACCUGUGGUUGGUGCAGGGCGAAGGCGUCAAGGCCGUGCUGCUGCUGAUCUUCCAUUUGCUUCCAACAUAUUUUGUAGAUACAGCUAUCUACUCUGACAUAUCGGGGGGUGGCCAUCCGUAUCUGACAGGUUUGGCGGUGGCAGGAGGAGCGUACUAUCUGGGUCUGGAGGGCGCCAUCAUCGGGCCCAUCCUCCUCUGCAUCCUGGUAGUUGCAGCCAACAUCUACAGUGCCAUGCUGAUGAGCCCCAGCUCUGCACUGCCAACACCGGUGCAGUCCAGCUGGCCGCUCCACCCCAUCAGGAACUUCGCAGACUCCACCCCCUCUGUCCUGAAGAAGACCAGUGAGUGAGAGAGCAAGAGGGUGUGUUCCUGUGAACAUGUCCAUCUGGUUUCCUAUUGGCUGAUAUUCCUCAGGGGAAGCGCUCUCCUCCCUCAAGGCUUUUCCCUAAGCUGCCCGGCUCUCCAGGAGUCGGCUGCGCGCCCACCCCUCCCACCCCGACCAAGAAGAGAUGGCGACAUAAGGGCUGGUCACCCGUGAUGCUGUCUGCUUACCACAGCUGUUUCUCUGAGCAAAAUGGCACCAGCUGCUCUCACUCAAGACCCUAAAACUACAGAUGCGAGCGUUCAUCCUGAUCCCAAACACGGACCAACGACUGCACAUUGGGCUUUACGAUUAUGAAUGGCGGAGACCUUGAUGCUAAUCACAUCAUCUCUCAGUACUCAGUGCCUAAAUUGACUUUGUAAUGUUUAAAAAUGCCUAAACCUACUGUAUCGUGUAGUUUGUGGUGAAUUGUAAGAUGAUAUAUUUUAUAUCUACAAAUCCCCCGAUUUCCACCCUGCACACCCCGGCCGUAAGCUACGGUAUGUGGUCUUGCAGUAAUUGUACUCCCUACCUCUCUCCUCAUGGAGGCUCAAGUAGAGUUUGUAGUGAAGGCUGGUUUGUGUGAAGAUGAACUGAACAUAGAAGUUCUCACUGCCUGGCCCAAGAGAAGGAGUUGAUGACUGCUUUAUAGUUGAAUGUGUUAUUCACAUUUCAGUCAUAGUUUGCAACACUAGAUAUCUGCUUUGACAAAGACUCACACUCCUGCUCACCUGGACCAGGCUUUGUUACCACUGUUUCACUUUUUGUACAGUUGAAUCAUAGCAUAGUCUCUGUUUAUUCUUUUUUUAUUGGCUGCAAGGUUUAGACUGAUGACGUGGAUCUGUGGAUCAGAUUAGAUGUCCUGCUUUCAGGGAAUUUGGUCUGAAUCCGUCAUCAGAAGAUUACUGAGGGAUUCUGUUUUUACAUUUUUAAUUUAUUUUUAACCUUUUGUUUUUCAAACACACUGUGAGUGCACAUACAUACAUGCAAGUAAGCUUUUCAUUUCUAACACGCUUGGCUGAUCUGUCAGUAUUGAAGCACGUUUACACUCAGAAUAUCUUGAUAUUGACAAGAUGGACUGAGUAUUUCUGUGAGAACUUUCAAGACUGUGACUGUCAUCCCCAUCCCAUGAUCUCGUCAGUAGUUUUUUGACCAAACCUUAAAUCCGUUAGGGAUGUCUUUAUAUUUUUUUGACUCACCUUAUAAACCCCUGCACUUACUCACUCCAUACUUAAACUACAGUCGGAGCACUUUUCUGAACAGAGUACAAAGUAGUUUACAUUGCUUAAAGCUUUAAUAAACGAGAUGCAUUGUGUGUGUAAUGUGACACAUUGAUCAAACAUGGCUACUGUGUUAGCUGCCUGAGGGAGGGAGGGCUGUGAUGUGUUCUGUGUUGGAACAAGUGUGUGGUUUAGCAACAGUUUUACUGUUUAACUAAAUUACUGUAAUUUUAAUUCGGUACUGUUUUAUUACUGGAUAUGCACUGACACAAUAAAAAUCAUUUAAACUGCA